AUGAAAUUAACUCUAAACACUGAUGCAAGAAUUCGUUUGUUGUCAUCUCAAGUUACUGUCGCAUACUCUAACCUUGCCGCGCUUGUCUCGUCAUUAGAUUUUAUUCACUUUAAAAACGUCUCUGACCGCGAGAAUACAAAGAAACUAAACCAACAGCAACGAAUUAAAGACCGUAAACUUUUUCGCCUUUGCUCUGACGCAAAUAAUGAUGCUUCAAUCGACCCGGACAAGGUUGUGUUCAAUUUCUCACAGCGCUUAAUCUCGGACAAAGAGAAGGAAAUCCUCUCGAAAGGUCUCAACUUUGCCAUUCCACCCAACAA